CUUUUACUGCGCGUAUAGUCUGCGCAUUACUAGUUUCUGUAAAGGUUGCAUCACUACACGUGAAGUUAGGGUAUUCGCGUCUCUUCUUAAGCUUUUCAUAAAUUUCAAAGACUAAAACGUGUAAAAUCAAAAUGCUGACCGCUGCAAGAUUGUUGACUCGUAGUUGUAGCAACAUAACCUGCGACAUUAGUAGAAAACAACAAUUCAGCACAAUUCUUAAAAAUAUCCGAAGGUGUGAAAGGUGCUGUUAUUGGCAUUGAUCUUGGAACAACGUUUUCAUGUGUAGCAGUUAUGGAAGGGAAACAAGCCAAAGUUAUAGAGAAUGCAGAAGGUUCACGAACGACUCCAUCUUAUGUAGCAUUUAGUAAAGAUGGAGAACGUUUAGUUGGUAUGCCAGCUAAACGUCAAGCAGUUACAAAUUCAGCGAACACAUUCUAUGCUACAAAACGACUAAUUGGACGAAGAUACGAUGACACUGAAGUAAAAAAAGAUAUGAAAGCAGUUUCUUAUAAAAUUGUUCGUGCCUCUAAUGGAGAUGCAUGGGUACAGGGAGCUGACGGUAAAAUGUAUUCUCCUAGUCAAAUUGGUGCAUUUGUACUCAUGAAGAUGAAGGAAACAGCAGAAUCAUAUUUAAGCACAUCAGUAAAAAAUGCUGUAAUUACUGUUCCUGCAUACUUUAAUGAUUCACAAAGACAGGCUACCAAGGAUGCUGGUCAAAUUUCUGGACUUAAUGUACUUAGAGUAAUUAAUGAACCAACAGCAGCUGCCCUCGCAUAUGGCAUGGACAAAACAGAAGAUAAAAUUAUUGCAGUAUAUGAUUUAGGAGGUGGUACUUUUGAUAUUUCAAUUUUGGAAAUUCAAAAAGGAGUCUUUGAAGUUAAAUCCACAAAUGGAGAUACCUUCUUAGGAGGUGAAGACUUUGAUAAUGCAUUAGUUAAUUAUCUUGUGUCAGAAUUUAAAAAAGAUCAAGGUAUAGAUGUAACUAAGGAUGCAAUGGCUAUGCAACGAUUGAAAGAGGCAGCUGAAAAAGCAAAGAUAGAAUUGUCUAGUUCUUUACAAACUGAUAUAAAUUUACCUUAUUUAACUAUGGACUCUAGUGGACCAAAACAUUUAAACCUUAAGCUUUCAAGAAGUAAAUUUGAAAGUCUUGUUGCUGAUUUAAUUAAACGUACUGUUCAACCAUGUCAAAAAGCACUUUCUGAUGCUGAAGUGACGAAGUCUGAUAUUGGUGAAGUAUUGUUAGUUGGCGGUAUGACAAGAGUACCUAAAGUUCAACAGACUGUACAAGAAAUUUUUGGUCGACAACCAUCCAAAGCUGUAAACCCCGAUGAAGCUGUUGCUGUAGGUGCUGCAGUUCAAGGUGGUGUCCUUGCUGGUGAUGUAACAGAUGUUCUUCUUUUGGAUGUCACUCCUCUAUCACUUGGUAUUGAAACAUUGGGUGGUGUUUUCACACGAUUGAUUUCUCGAAAUACAACGAUUCCUACUAAAAAAAGUCAAGUGUUUUCUACUGCUGCUGAUGGUCAAACUCAAGUAGAAAUCAAGGUACAUCAAGGCGAACGAGAAAUGGCUACUGACAAUAAACUUUUAGGACAAUUUACUCUUGUUGGAAUUCCACCUGCGCCUAGAGGAGUACCACAAAUAGAAGUUGCAUUUGACAUUGACGCUAAUGGUAUUGUUCACGUAUCUGCUCGAGAUAAAGGCACUGGAAAAGAACAACAAAUUGUUAUUCAAUCAAGUGGUGGUCUUAGUAAGGAUGAAAUUGAAAACAUGGUCAAAAAUGCUGAACAAUAUGCUAAGCAAGAUAAAAUUAAAAAAGAAAGAGUUGAAGCUGUGAAUCAAGCUGAGGGUAUUAUUCAUGACACAGAAUCUAAAUUAGAAGAAUUUAAAGCACAGUUACCACAAGACGAAUGUGACAAACUCAGAGAAUUGGUUGCAAAAAUGCGAGAAACAUUAGCUAAGAAAGAUGAUACGGAACCAGAAGAAAUUAAAAGACAAACAAAUGAAUUGCAACAAGCGAGUCUUAAAUUGUUUGAAAUGGCUUAUAAGAAGAUGGCUGCAGAACGAGAAGGACAAAGUCGAAAUGAACAGCAGCAGCAGCAGCAACAGCAACAGCAGCAACAAGAAGAUGGACCUGAAAAGAAAGAAGAGAAGAAUUAA